GAACGUGCCGCCGCCGCUUGGAGUCACCCGGGCGGCUGGACCCGGAGUUGUUAUUCGUAGGUGUGCUUGUCGGAGUGCGGCUGCAAAAUACAUUGCUGUGAAAAGCUACAAAAUCAGAUAAAUUGCUGUCUCCAAAUAAAAGAAAACCAAGAUCCAUGAGUGGGCACCGGUCAACAAGGAAACGAUGUGGAGAUUCUCACCCGGAGUCCCCUGUGGGCUUGGGGCAUAUGAGUACUACAGGUUGUGUAUUAAAUAAGUUGUUUCAGUUACCUACACCACCAUUGUCAAGACACCAACUAAAGCGACUAGAAGAACACAGAUAUCAGAGUGCUGGACGAUCCUUGCUUGAGCCCUUAAUGCAAGGUUAUUGGGAAUGGUUAGUUGGAAGAGUUCCCUCGUGGAUUGCUCCAAAUCUCAUCACCAUCAUUGGACUAUCAAUAAACAUCUGCACAACUAUUUUAUUAGUCUUCUAUUGCCCUACAGCUACUGAACAGGCACCUCUGUGGGCAUAUGUUGCUUGUGCAUGUGGCCUUUUCAUUUACCAAUCUUUGGAUGCUAUAGACGGGAAACAGGCAAGAAGAACCAAUAGUAGUUCUCCCUUGGGAGAACUUUUUGAUCAUGGUUGUGAUUCACUAUCAACAGUUUUUGUGGUUCUUGGAACUUGUAUUGCAGUGCAACUUGGGACAAAUCCUGACUGGAUGUUUUUUUGUUGUUUUGCUGGUACAUUCAUGUUCUACUGUGCACACUGGCAGACAUACGUGUCAGGAACAUUGCGAUUUGGAAUAAUUGAUGUGACUGAAGUGCAAAUCUUCAUAAUAAUCAUGCAUUUGCUGGCAGUGAUUGGAGGACCUCCUUUUUGGCAAUCCAUGAUUCCAGUGCUGAAUAUUCAAAUGAAACUUUUUCCUGCACUGUGUACUGUGGCAGGGACCGUAUUUUCCUGUACAAAUUACUUCCGUGUAAUCUUCACAGGUGGUGUUGGCAAAAAUGGAUCAACGAUAGCAGGGACAAGUGUUCUUUCUCCCUUUCUCCAUAUUGGAUCAGUGAUUACGCUAGCUGUAAUGAUCUACAAGAAAUCAGCAGUUCAGCUUUUUGAAAAGCAUCCUUGUCUUUAUAUACUGACAUUUGGUUUUGUAUCAGCUAAAAUCACUAAUAAGCUUGUGGUUGCACACAUGACAAAAAGUGAAAUGCAUUUGCAUGACACAGCCUUCAUAGGUCCAGCACUUUUGUUUCUGGACCAGUAUUUUAACAGCUUCAUUGAUGAAUAUAUUGUACUUUGGAUUGCUCUGGUCUUCUCUUUCUUUGAUUUGAUCCGCUACUGUGUCAGUGUGUGCAAUCAGAUUGCAUCUCACCUGCACAUACAUGUCUUCAGAAUCAAGGUCUCUACAGCUCAUUCUAAUCAUCAUUAAUGAUGUAGCUGGUGUUGAAUAGAAAUUCAUACUUUCUACAGGAAAGAAUCUAUAUUAAGAAUGGGGGUGGAUAAAAACAAAUCUAAUUUAUAAUCAAUGUCAUAUAACUCUUAUUCUUUGUUGUUGGUAACACUCCCUUAUCUCUCCUGUGUGAGAAUGGGAAUUUCAGUCUCAUCCUAUAAAUUGUACAUGUUGUCAAGCAGAGUUUGCCCCAAGAAAGCAUGCAGGGAAAAAAAAUGCCAUGUGUUUGUGAUUUUCCUGGAUUCAGAAUAAUAUUACCAUAAGGAGCAGAUCCCCAGUGGUGGAAAUUUCUACUGUAGAAUAUUUGCAGGUCUCAAUAUGGUUGCUUAUUUUUUAAUUUUAACAAAUCAUCAUCUUUAAGUAACAUCUUUGUUUUCUUGCUGUCUCAAGCUUUUUUUAGUAAGGAGCUCAGCUAUGAAAGAUACAUGCUACUAGGUUGUGAAGUGAAAUGAGUAAUACAAAUCUCGAACAUGGAUUGAAAGGUUUACAAUAUUGAGGGUGUAAUUUUUUUAUUGCUCAAGAAAUGAUAUCUCUUGUGGGCGUGGGAAAUCCUGUCAGCAUGCAGAAUAAUGUGGUUAACUUUUGUCGAUCCAUUUUAUUUUUUUAAAUAAAUAUAUGAUCUAAAAGCCA